UAAGAAAUUUCAAGUUCCAUACAAACUACUCAUUCAAGAAUAAGGGGACAACAAAUAGCAAGAACACAUAUCUAACAUUUUGUUCAAGUGUUCAAGUGAGUGAUUGGUGGGCAUUUGCAUUGGAUCCCCUGUUUUCAUCUCUUCCAUAUAAACCUAUUUAGAUUACUAAUAUUAGUUACUCCAAGAUCUUAAUUUCCCAUUAAUUAAAAGCCUCUACUGACACCAAGAAAGCAGUGGGGUUUACCUCUGCAAAAUCACGUGUUCACUCACUUAACCAUUUGUCCGUGACUCUACUAACCAACAACUUCAACAACCACACACUAAUCUUUUUUGACUAUUUGUCUGCAUCAUCAACCCUGCAACUUCACCAAUAAUUGGUCUCAACUUCAUCCUUCCAUGUUGUUGUUAUCUUUCAAAGCUCAAAAAAUGUUACUUUCACACUAAAUCUCCAACACCCUUUUGAUAAAUUACAACUCUUCAUUUGUUACCGAAUCUUUCUUCCUUACUUCAACUAACUUCAAGAUUACAAAUCUUGAAUUUCAUCCAAGGGAGAUAUUCAAACUUUUCAAAGUAUAAGCCUCCAUACCCACUUUCAAGAUUACAAAUCUUGAAAAACCCAUGUGAAAUUUCAUUUCAAGAUUCAUAAAAAUGUCAAAAGUAACCAUUUUUCUUCAUCAAGAUCACAUUUUUACCAUGAGAAACUCCAAACCCACUUUCAUGAUUACAAAUCUUGAAAAACCCAUGUGAAAUUUCCUUUCAAGAUUCACAUAAAUGUCAAAAGUCACCAUUUUUCUUCAUCAAGAUUACAUUUUUACCAUGAGAAACUCCACACCCAUUUUCUUACUACUUUCACUAUUUUUCUUGUGUUUCCAAUGUGUAAUAAGUGGUGAUAAAGAAGCACUUUUGAGUUUAAAACAAUCCAUUGAUCCAUCAAACACUUUACAAUGGAAAGGAACUGAUUUUUGCAAAUGGGAAGGUGUUAAACAAUGCUUGAAAAACAGAGUAUCAAAACUUGUUCUUGAAAACAAGAACUUAACUGGCACAAUAGAUACAGAAAUCAUAUCCCAAUUGGAUCAAAUUCGAGUUUUGAGCUUCAAAAACAACUCAAUUUCCGGCCAAAUUCCCAAUCUUUCUCACUUAACCAAUCUUAAAUCACUAUUUCUUUCCCACAACAACUUUUCCGGCGAGUUUCCGGCGACUCUCACCACCCUCCACCGCCUCAAAACUAUCGUUCUCUCCGGUAACAAUCUUUCAGGCCCCAUUCCUGUAUCAAUCCUAAAUGUACAAAGACUAUAUGUUCUUUACUUAGAUGGUAAUAACUUCACCGGAAAAAUCCCACCUUUUGAUCAGUCUCGCCUGAGAUACUUAAAUCUUUCAAAUAACCAACUUUCCGGCGACAUUCCGGCCACCGGAACCUUGUCAAAGUUCAACUCAACCUCAUUCUCCGGUAAUGUUAACUUAUGUAGCAAUAUAUUAAAGAUUCCAUGUGGGACUUCUCCGGCGACUUCGGUAUUUCCGGCACCGGCGACCACCGGAAAAAAUCCCCGGCGUCAUCGGGUAACCGAGAUUAUAACAAUAAUCGCGUUUAUCGUUGGUGGGUUAUCAUUAUUAUGUGUUUUAAUCACAUUAUUAAUGUUGGUAUUAAAAAAAGGAAAAAAUAAUUUGACGGUGGUCGCCGGCAGGAAAGGGACACCGGCGGCGGGUGGCGUCGGUGGUGGUGGUGGUGAGGGGUGUGCAUGGGAUGAUGAGGGUGUUGGUGGUGGCGGGAUGGGGAAGUUGGUGUUUUGCGGCGGCGGAGGUGCGGCGGAGAUGAGUUACCGGUUGGAGGAUUUGUUGAGGGCGUCGGCGGAGACGAUGGGGAGAGGUACGGUGGGGAGUACGUAUAAGGCGGUGAUGGAGACCGGGUUUAUUGUGACGGUGAAACGGUUGAAGGAUGCCAGGUGGCUGAACGUGGAGGAGUUUUGUAGACACGUGGAGGUGAUCGGGAGGUUGAGGCAUAGGAAUUUGGUGGCGUUACGGGCGUAUUUUCAAGCUAGAGAGGAACGGUUGUUGGUGUUUGAUUAUUUUCCUAAUGGCAGCCUGUUUUCUCUUAUUCAUGGAUCCAAAACAUCAUCUGGUGGCAAACCUCUUCACUGGACUUCUUGCCUGAAAAUCGCGGAAGAUCUGGCUACCGGACUCCUCCACAUCCACGAAACUCCCGGCGGCCUUACCCACGGCAACAUAAAAUCGUCCAACGUUCUCCUGGGCUCCGACUUUGAAUCCUGCUUCACCGACUACGGCCUCAUUUCAUUAAAAAACCCCAACUCUAUCGACGAUUCAAGUGCAGCAUCCCUCUUCUACCGUGCCCCAGAAUGUCGCGACUUCAAAAACCCACCCUCCCAACAAGCGGACGUCUACAGCUUCGGUGUUCUUCUCUUGGAGCUCCUAACCGGGAAGGCUCCAUACCAAGACCUGGUUGCAGAACAUGGCUCAGACCUCCCUUCAUGGGUCAAGUCCAUAAGGCAUAAAGAAAUCGAGUCCAGUGGUGAACCCAUGUCUUCUGGCAAACUUGAAGCACUUUUGAACAUUGCAAUGGCUUGUGUCUUGGUGGCACCAGAGAACCGGCCGGUGAUGAAAGAAGUGUUGAGCAUGAUUAAAGAAACGAGAAUGGAACCGGCUCAUGUUUCUUUUAAUAGCAGUGAUCAUUCACCUGGAAGAUGGUCCGAUACGGUUCAAAGCUUGCCAAGAGAUGACCAACUAAGCAUAUGAUUGAAAAUGUUAGUUAAACUAACUUUGUAAGGGUCAAGAUCUACCUUAUGGUGUGUACUAAGUUCACAAACAAUAAAUGUCAAAGGUAGAGGUGUGAUUUAUGGGAUAGUUUAUGUAUUUUUAAUAAAUAGUUUUAUAAUCAUUUUUAAUACAUA